AUGUUGCGUGAUCCCGAAAAUAGACCUGUGAAAGUGGCCAACUGCUCUGGCUACCAUGGCGAUCCAGCGUAUGAGAUGUACCGCCAGGCGACACUGGGUGAUGUCGACUUUAUCACUGGUGACUACCUUGCGGAAGUCAACUUAGCCAAGAAUGCCGAGGCCUGGCGCGCGGGCAAACAUCCGGGCUACGAGGAAACAGCCUGGCAGGGACUACAGCAAACAAUCGACGUGGUUGCGGAAAAGGGUAUCCGUGUUGUAAUCAACGGGGGUGCCUUGGAUCCUAGAGCACUUGCGUUGAAAGUCGAGGCCCUAAAAGCUGAGAAGAAACUUGACAUACGUGUGGCUUAUGUAUCGGGGGAUGAUCUAUACCCUCAAGUCGGGCCUAAUAUGCCAACUACCAAAGAGGAAUUGCAGCAUUUGGAUUCUGGAAACGCCUCCAUCGUCCCAUCGAGGUUGACAUAUGCGUUUAUGAAUACAACCGAUGGAAAGCCGAUCCCCAUGACAUCGGCCCAUGCAUACCUUGGGGCCCGUGGUAUUGUCGAAGGCUUGAGGCGAGGCGCACAGAUUAUCAUUUGUGGGCGUGUUGCGGAUGCUAGUCCGGUGAUUGCCACGGCCUGGUUCUGGUACAACUGGAGCGAAACGGACUACGAUAGACUUGCUGGAGCACUCAUUGCAGGCCAUCUAAUUGAAUGCUCGGCAUAUGUCACUGGGGCAAACUUCGCUGGCUUUGAUAGAUAUCCGGUCGAAGACCUCAUUGCUCCUGGAUUUCCUAUUGCCGAGAUCGAGAGGGACGGCACCUGCGUCAUCACCAAACACCCGGGAACCCAAGGUGUGGUGAACACUGACACAGUGACAUGCCAAUUCCUGUAUGAGUUGCAGGGCAACAUCUACCUGAACAGCGAUGUUAGUGCCCAUAUUGGUGAUAUCGUUGUUGAGGAUGCUGGCAAGGACAGAGUCCGUGUAUCCGGUAUCAAAGGGUCACCACCACCUCCCACUACCAAGCUUGCGGUUUUCUAUCCUGGAGGCUAUGAGGCCCAACUACUUUUGAAUGCAACCGGAUAUGCUACUGCUCAGAAGUGGGAUCUCCUCGAGAAGCAACUCCGUCAUUUCCUCCCUGAAAGUGCCGCUAAUGACCUAGAAACAUUCGAAUUCCAGAGAGUCGGAGUUCCCGACCCAAAUCCAUCCUCUCAGCUAAAGAGCACCACAUAUAUACGCAUCUUCAUCGCAGCCCGCACAGCACAAGCGGUAGCAGCUGUCUCAAAAGCAAUGGGCCAGAUCUCACUAAAACACUUCUCCGGCUUACACGCAUCCCUCGACGCGCGCACCGCCUUCCCACGCCCAUUCCUCGCAUACUAUCCCGCCAUAACCAACCAGUCGGACAUUAACGAGAAGAUCAAUAUUCUCGACGGGCAAUCCAAAACCGCAUCGUUCGACAUCCCACGCCCAAGCCAAUACGCACCCCUGAGACCACGCGAGAGCUACGAUCCGGUAACACCAACAAUAUACAAUGGCCCAACGAAGCAAAUCCGUCUCGGCGACAUCGCACUUGCUCGAUCCGGCGACAAAGGCGCGAACCUCAACUUUGGCAUCUUCGUCUCCAACCCAGCUCACUGGGAGUGGCUCCGGUCGUCCAUGACCAUCUCGCGGAUGCGGGAUCUCCUCGGCGAUGAUUGGGAUGACUCGUUCUCGAUCGAGAGGGUGGAGUUCCCCCAGAUCCAUGCGGUGCAUUUUGUCAUCUACGGUAUCCUGGGCCGCGGAGUCAGCAGUUCCAGCCGACUGGACGGCUACGGGAAGGGAUUUGCGGAUUAUAUCCGGGACAAGGUCGUUUCAGUUCCUGUUCAGUUCGACCUGAAACUAUCAACAAAACUAUAA